UUCGUUCAUGCCUGUUGGCGCUGUGUAUUUUUUUAAUAUAUUUUAUUGUAAAUAUAAAAUUUUGUUAAAAAAAAUUGCUAAUCACGCGGAAAUUCAUGCGGCUUGAAAGAUCGAAUAAAAUAUGAAAGAAGAAUAAUUUGCCACGUACUUUUGAUAGGAAAGCUCAAGUGAAAUCGUGCUGCCAAGUUCGUGUGUUUAUAAUCUGAAUGAAUAGACUGUUAAGUUGUAAAUUAUUCGGUUCGAAAUAUCUGGAGAUAGAACUGACAGUUGUGAACAUUUUCCUCUAAAACAAUUUACAUAAAUUAUCAUUCUAAUAUGAACGUCUUACGUUCGUGUGUUAAAACUAUUAUCCUAAAUAAAGGAGUGCGCUCCUUAAAUUACGAAGGACAGAGAGGUAUAAAAAGAUGGGUAGCUGCAACGCAAAUAGAAAUAACUAAUCGUAAGAAGAAGUUACCUGAACAAAAACCAAAGCGCAACACCUUCCUAGAUUGGAAUAGAUCUGCAGAGAUUUAUGCAUUUAAUAAAAGAUUAUCUGAAGAUUUCAAUCUCGAAAAAUUGGAACAAGCUUUCACUCAUAGAUCAUAUGUAAUUCGAGAAGAGCAACGACAGAGAGAAAUAGGAAUAGAAGAUCCUAAGCUUGAUAUACAAGAUAACACCGAUCUUAUUAUGAAAGGCGAAAAACUUACUUCAGAAAUUGUACAAAACUAUUUAACUCAAGUUUUACCUCACGCGCCUGAGAACGUUAUAAUUUCAUUACAUGAUUAUCUUUUCUCUGAAGAAAAUCUUGCCAAGGCUGCUUUUCAUAUUGGUACUAAAGAUAUUAUUUUAACUGAAGAACAUCCAAUAACAGAGAAAACUUUAGCUGACACAUUUCUUGCACUUGUUGCGGCGCUCGCAGAAAGUGUAGAUGCAAAUCAUGCAGCAAAUUUUGUUAAGGAUUUUCUAAUUGUAAUACUAGUUGAGAAAGAUUUAACAGAAAUCUGGAAUCCAACUGAACCACUCGAAAUUUUAAACGAUGUCCUACAGAAACAAAAUAGAUCACCCGUGGAACCGAGACUUAUUGGACAAACAGGACAAAAUACGCUUUUAGCUGCAUAUCAUGUAGCAAUGUAUUCUGACAAAAAAUUUUUAGGUUCAGGAUUUGGUCAAACAAUCCAGGAAGCCAAGAAUGUAGCUGCAAUAAAUGUUCUAAGCCGAAUAUUUGGUUUAUUAGAUUCUAGUAAACCAAUCAAAAUCGAUAAAACGAUAAAUAUAUUCUCAUAAAAAGAACAAACAUAAUUUUUAAUUUUUCAAAGAAAAUAUUCAGCAUAGUAAUACCAUAAAAGAUAUUAAAAACUUUUUUUGUAAAAUAUAAAUAAAUAUAUAUAAAAUAUUAAAAAUCCAAAAAAGGGAAGAUAUA